AAGGUUGUACACAUACACACUGACAAGCAAAAUGAGUUUGAGCAAGGAAAGUAAAGAAAACUUUUUCGAAAGUAUUCUUAAUAAAUAUCUGAAACUGUUAAAAGAGAAACCACUUAUCACAAAGUGCUGUACAAGUGCAUCAGUGUCAGCUUUAGGUAAUUUCAUCUCACAGAAAGUUGCUCCACAUCCAGACGGGAAAGUGAAAUGGAGGAGUGUCGCUUCAUAUGCAACAUUCGCGUUCUGUCUAAGUGCCCCUAUUAUCCAUUAUUUCUACAUGCUUUUGGAGAAGAUACAACCCCGGAAGGAGAAACCGAGCCAGAUAGAUAAUAUUAAACGACUGUUGAUUGACAGAUUCUUGUUCACUCCUCCAUUUAUACUACUCUUCUUAUACGUAGUUACAAUUCUAGAGGGUCAAGGUUCAGCAGUUGCUAUGGAAAAAAUACGAACCCAGUUCUGGACGAUCUUAAAGAUGAAUUGGAAAGUGUGGACAAUCUUCACAUUUAUAAACGUUAAUUACAUUCCAGUUAGAUACCGUGUAUUAUUUGGAAACAUGGUUGGACUGUUCUGGUCAGUGUUUGUAGCAGUGAAAAGACGUCAGAUGGGAGUGUGAAAAAUCUAAAUAUAGACAUGUGUAUAUAGUGACCAUUCAUUGGCUGCAUUUAAUCAUGUGAUAUAAUUAUACUGUGUGUAAAAUACAGUCAAUAACCCUGUAUUCAUGCAUAGUCAUUGUGUAUAUACAUAUUUGUCAAAUGGUCGUGAAUCUUGAAGCGGCCUUUACCUUUUAUUUUUUUGUAGGUAAAACAAUUCUGUGUUGUUUCGAACUAAGUAUUUCAGUAACUUUAUCUUGAAAAAGUGUGUCAUAUCACUGUUGAGCCUUUUCACAGUUGAGCGUCCAAAGAGCUAUUUAUAACAUGGCAGUGACAUUCGUUUCGGGAAACAAAGUGUCCGCUUUACUAAUUUACAUAUAUAGAGUGGACCGGUAGAUUAGAGGUGUCACAGGGUUUCCUUAGUGUGUAUGUAUUUUAACGGGGGUAAAUUUCAUUUUCUGCCCUUUAUGCCUUAAUUCUUUUGAUUGACAAUAAUAUAUGAAACAAUUUAUCUUAAAAUAACAUAUUUAAGCUAAAGAAAAGUCGAAGGCUGCUUUAAUCCUUCGACUAUGAUAAAAGUAUCAAAGCAACUCAUUAUCACUAGAUUUUAACCAAUUUUUUUUUAAAUUUUUUGAAAAUGUUACUAUAAUACAAAUAUUGUCAGUUGAUCAAAGAAAUACAUACAAGCUUGUAUAAGGCAACUUACAAUGUACAUGAUUUACCUAAGAUAUCCCUUAGUCAGUAUGUAACAGGGUACAAAAAUGUUGAAAAAAUUAUUGAAAUAGUUGAUUUUUAAUUUUUGGCAUAUUACCUAUAUGAAAGGCAUUGAAGUAAUUUUGAUAUAUGUCAUGGAUAUUUAACUUUUUAGCUCACCUGUCACAAAGUGACAGGGUGAGCUUUUGUGAUCGCUUUUCGUCCGGCGUCCGUCCGUCCGUUGUCCGUCCGUCCGGCAACUUUUGCUUUAAAUGACAUCUCCUCAUAAACCACUGAGCCAAUUUCAUCCAAACUUCACAGGAAUGUUCCUUUGGUGGUCACCUUUAAAAAUUGUUCAAAGAAUUUAAUUCCAUGCAGAACUCUGGUUGCCAUGGCAACCGAAAGAAAAAUCUUUAAAUAUCUUCUUUUAAACAACCCUAAGAGCUAGAGCUUAGAUAUUUGGCAUGAAACAUCUUCUAGUGAGUGUCUACCAAGUUUGUUCAAAUAAAAGCCCUGGGGUCAAAAUUGGCCCCGCCCCAGGGGGUCAUUGAUUUUCCCUAUAUGCAUAUAGUAAAAACUUAAAAAAAUCUUCUUUUAAAGAACCCAAAGAGCUAGAGCUAAGAUAUUUGGCAUGAAAACAUCUUCUAGUGAGUGUCUACCAAGUUUGUUCAAAUAAAAGCCCUGGGGUCAAAAUUGGCCCCGCCCCGGGGGGUCAUUGAUUUUCCCUAUAUGCAUAUAGUAAAAACUUAAAAAUCUUCUUUUAAAGAACCGUAAGAGCUAGAGCUUAGAUAUUAAGCAUGAAACAUCUUCUAGUGAAUGUCUACCAAGUUUGUUCAAAUAAAAGCCCUGGGGUCAAAAUUUGCCCCGCCCCAGGGGGUCAUUGAUUUUCCCUAUAUGCAUAUAGUAAAAACUUAAAAAAUCUUCUUUUAAAGAACCCAAAGAGCUAGAGCUAAGAUAUUUAGCAUGAAAGAUCUUCUAGUAAGUGUCUACCAAGUUUGUUCAAAUAAAAGCCCUUGGGUCAAAAUUGGCCCCACCCCGGGGAGUCAUUGAUUUUCCCUAUAUGCAUAUAGUAAAAACUUAAAAAAUCUUCUUUUAAAGACCAUAAGAGCUAGAGCUUAGAUAUUUGGCAUAAAACAUCUUCUAGUGAGUGUCUACCAAGUUUGUUCAAAUAAAAGCCCUGGGGUCAAAAUUGACCCCGCCCCAGGGGGUCAUAGAUUUUCCCUAUAUGCAUAUAGUAAAAACUUAAAAAAUCUUCUUUUAAAGAACCCAAAGAGCUAGAGCUAAGAUAUUUAGCAUGAAACAUCUUCUAAUAAGUGUCUACCAAGUUUGUUUAAAUAAAAGCCCUGGGGUCAAAAUUGGCCCCGCCCCAGGGGGUCAUUGAAUUUCCCUAUAUGCAUAUAGUAAAAACUUAAAAUCUUCUUUUUAAGAACUCAAAGAGCUAGAGCUAAGAUAUUUAGCAUGAAACAUGUUCUAAUGAUGUCUACCAAGUAUGUUCAAAUAAAAGCCCUGGGGUCAAAACUGGCCCUGCUCGGGGGGGGGGGGGUCAUUGAUUUUCCUUAUAUGUGUAUAGCAAAAACUUAAAAAUCUUCUUUGAAAAAACCCAAAUAGCUAGAGUUUAGAUAUUAAGCAUGAAACAUCUUUAAGUAAAUAUCUACAAAGUUUGUUCAAAUAAAAGCCCGGGGGUCAAAACUGGCCCUGCCCCAGGGGUGUCAUUGUUUUUAACUAUAUGUGUAUAGUAAAAACUUAAAAAAUCUUCUUUUAAAAAACCCAAUAAGCUAGAACUUAGAUGUUUAGCAUGAAACAUCUUCUUAUGGGUGUCUACCAAGUCUGUUCAAAUAAACAAAUAAAAGCCCUUGGGUAAAAAUUGGCCCGGGGGUGGGGGGGGCCUAUAUACAGGUGAGCGACCUCAGGGCCAUCAUGGCCCUCUUGUUUUCUAAUGUUAGAUUUUUUUAAAAACUUUUUGGUUCAACUUUUAAUGGUGUGUAGUUUUAGAUAAACAACAAAGGAAUAUAAACAAAAAAGGAAUCAAAGCUUUAUGUUUUUAUUGUACAACAGUAGUACUGUACUGUUGUAUGCUUGUAGCAAUAAUCAGGUACAAAUGGAGUUGUUUUAGUAAGGGGGAAUAACUUUUACCCAAUUUUACAGGAGUUUUACAAAAGGGAGACUACUUUUGAAAAGAAAGCACUAUGUCAUGUCUCAUUUCAUAUUUAUCCGUUAUUAUUUGCUUAAAUUUUGGUAUUUAGCUUUAAUAUUUUAUUGGAAUCCUUGCAAGAGUAUUGAUUUCUGGCAACACAUGAUUGUAAACUUAAAACCUGACAAAUUUAUUGUCUAUUUUUUUUUUUUUUUUUUUCAUUUGGUAAUAAAUAAGAUUUUUGAGGACAGUUUUGGGGUAAAAAAAUUCUUACUUGGUUGACUUAUUACCAGUGGUUCCUGAACAGCUUUUCUAAACAUUUACUGUUACCAUAAGUAACUGAGUGAAGCAGAACUGCCAUACCUAGGUUGUGACAACACAUGUCGUAUGAAAAUUAAAUCAAAAUACUUAACAAAAAUGUUUUUACUUUUAAUAUCUAUAUUUGGAAGUCUAUACUUUUGAUUUUUUUGUUAAGCAUGAAAUCUAUGAUGGAAUGUAAUUUAAUUUUAAUGUAAUUUUCAUGUUCAUUAUACUUUUUGCACUUUUGCUUUUUUAUCGUUUUUUUUUUAUACUAGCAUGUUAGUAUAUUCUGUAUUUAAAUACAUAUGUAGAUGAUUUAAUAAGUCACAUAUUUUCUGUAUUUUAGCAGAAUUGUUUUACUACAUAUGUUUAUAUUUAAGACAGAGGCUUAUUUGUUAUGAUCUGUAUCAUUGAAAGCUCAUAGAGUUAUAUAAUACAUGUAUAUAUAAUUAUACAUAUUGCAAGGUCAACAAAUUUUUUAUGCUGCAAAUAUACUUAUAUCAUUUGAAGCUGUGGAUUAAAUACAUACAAACCUUUAAAAUUUAUAGCUGGCCCGCUUAGCUCAAGAGCAAGACCAUCAGAUUUGUAACCAAGGGGUUGCAGGUUCGAUCCUUUGGCUAGGGGAAAUAACUCUUUGACAAUUAACCUUGGAUUUUGAGCCUAAUGUAUCGCUAGCCCCUGAUUCUGAAAUUGUGCAGGUUUAUUAGUCGGUCACUUGCAGAUUAAUUUACAUUUUUGUUUAUUUUUAUUACCUCUUCCAUACCACUUGAGGACAAAAAUAUAUUUUGAUCAUGUAAAUCUUUGAAUAUAUUAAUGCUAUUAAAAUAAGGACUUACCAAUAGUUAAUAAUGAAAACGUUUAAGGUUAAAAUAUAAAAACUACUAACUUACCGUAAUUAUAAAAUGACUGCCCGGCUCUGUUUAAAAUUUGAACGCUACCAAUACAUUUUGAACCGUACUUGUAUUUAUAGAAAUUUUCAUGUGGAUUAUUGAUUACUUUUGCAUUGUAAAAUAUAAAAUUGAACAUAUUAUUAUGUUUUUGACAUAAUAAUUGGUAUAUCCAUUCUUGGACAUGAGUUUGUGAUAUAAAUGUUGUUGUUGGUUUUUUUUCAUGAUCAAGGACUGGAAAGGGUCCUAUAGACAACUUGUGUUAUGUCCAUUAAAGGCCCAUUAAGUCCCAAAAAUAUGUCAAAAAAGAGUUGAAUUCACUUCAAAAGUAUGGUAAAGGUUUUUACUUUUUAUUUUUAUCAAACAGUAUUUUGUAAGAUUUGUUGUAAAUUUCUAUAAUAUCAGGUAAUUUUAGUAUUUUUGGUAAAUUUAUGAUUGUGAUAAUUUGAAAUGAUUGUAUACAUGUUUAUGAAAUUAUUUACAUGAAUGUGGAUAAUUGUAGUAAAUUGUUUUUUCUAGAAAUAUAUUUGAAUCAAAUAAAAUUGUUUAAGCAGUA